AUGUUUGCAAUCAAUGCGUCUAUUCUCCCACUUUGUUCAAGUACAAUCCCCACUUUACUUUCACUAAGAUGUUUGUUUUGUUCAUUUGUGUUGGAAGCAGUUGGGUUGAUGUUGAAUAUCACUGCAGUAAUCCAGAGUUUGAAAGCUGGUCAAAUGUUCCAAAUUGAGAAACAAAGAGGCAAAACGACAAUUAUCAAGACUAAUGUAGAGACGUACAUUAAUGUUUUCAAUAUUAUUGCUAUGGUGUUUUCCAUAUUAGCAACUUGCUCAUGUCUUUGCCUUGUCAUUAUUUGCGAAAGAGCACUAGAGUAUAUUGCAAAUAAAGCAGACCGAAGAGCUGUUAAAAAUACGCAAAAGAAACAAACUUUGAUUAGUACAGCUUCAUUAGAAAGGUUUAAUUGCUUGCAAGAUAAAUACUUUUCAGUGUGA